UUGCAGUUUACAGUUAGUUCUUUGCGGGUGAUGUGUGCGAUGGACGCUAGCACCGCGUUAGAUUUUCUAUUUUGAGAAUUAGUUAGUGAAGUACUUCAAUCAGCUCAUACCGGUCGACCACGAUCGAGAAUUGGGAUAACAUUGUUCGUAACCUAUUGACAUAGGUGAUGAUGGAAUCCCAUGUUGAACGAUUUCUGGAGCAGCGCCUAGAGCAUUUUCCUGACCAUGUUUCGGACAGUAAUUUUGAUCAAAAUUCAGAACUAAAUAAUGCACAUCCAAGAUGUGAAGUGACCAUGAACAAUCAGGGUGGGGAUAAGCUUCACUUCAAUGGUUAUUCAUACUCUAAAAAAGCCAUAUCAGCAAAUGCUAUCCGCUGGACAUGUGCCACUCCCACUAGGUCUGACACAAGAUGCAAAGGGGCCAUCACUACAGACCGUGAGAGACCAUACCACAACCCCAGGUCUUUGGUUGAGCACAAUCACCCCCCUGAAGAUUCUGAAGCUAGCAUUAUGAGAGAUAUUGCAAGAGCCAAACGUCGGUUUUGGCGUAAAACUUUCCCUCACCCGUUCCAGAUCUACCCUUGGAUGUUACCUUUGCAGCAGAUGCAAGAGCAGUCCGGUAGCAGAGAUGAUCCUAGCUCUUUAGAAGCUACCUUUGGUAUGGGUGGGGCUGCUGGUAUGACGGAUCAUCCUGAGGCUGGGCCCAGCGGCUACAUGGAUGAUGAUGUUAGGGUGAAGAUGGAGCCUGAAUGGGUUGAUGCUGGAGCCCUGGAACCAAACUGUGAGCUGGAAGGACAAUUUGAAGACAAUCAGGACUUCAAUGCCUCUUACUCAGAGGCUGGUUUGAGUGGUGCAGAUAACCAGAAUUUUCAAAUGUAUAAUAGCCAGCAACAGUCUCAGUCACAGCAGUUACCUCUGAUUCAGGAUGCUCAAGAUCCUGUUAAACUCCAUGUUCCUGGUAAACCCAAUUUAACCAUUACUGUGGCCCCAACUCGUCAGGGGCCUAGCCAGAGCAGCAACACAUCCAUUUCUACACCACCACCACCACCUCUUCAUUUGCUGAAUCCUCUUCUUAAUCGUAAAAGAGGAAGGCCUCGGGGAAGUGCUUAUGGAAGCUACAGUGAAAGUGAUGACAGAGUAACAACUAUUCUCACUGAUAGCAUUAUCGCAAGUCAGAAACUUGAAAAGAUGGGUGUAACGGCUGCCUCUGCGUACCGCCCAACUCCAGUGAAUGCAACGGCUAUGCCUUCAAGCCUUGUGAAACCAAGGUCAAGGGACCCAGAAGCAGUGAGAGCAGCAGAAAUUGUCAAUGGUGCCCAGAACAGAUCAGGACCACGAGUCACAGAAGAACUGGAGAAGGUCCACCUAAAAUUAAGACAAGAAGUGCUGGCACUUGAAGUUCAAAAUUUGAAAGCAGAGCGAGAAAAACUGAAAGCCUAUCGACGUAAUGUAGCUAUUCGAAGAGAGAUAAUGGCUCUGCAUUUACAGCUAGGGAAGGGCUUCCCCUCUGAAUGUGCAAGUAGUGGUAGAGGAUUUGAGACAAUGGACACUUAUGAUAAUUUCAUGGAUACUGAUUGUGAUGUGGAUUUCAGCCCACCAACUAAAGACCCAAUUAGUCUCAGUAAAAAAUUACCUAAUGUAUCAAUCACAAGGCAACAAGCAGGUCAAUCGCCCAAAAUUUCAAUUCGGAAAUCACUUCAAACUUCAAGCCAGUCCCCAAAUGCAUCACCAAUGUCCAUGAGUUCCAGUACUAAAGGUGUGACUCCACCACCUGCCAGUGUCAACAAGCCUGUCGUUGAGACUAAAGAUCAAGGUGAAAGUUCACAGUCCUCUGGCAAUAAGAGAACCCAUAGCAGUGACAAUAGGCAAACAAGUACAGGCAGGCGAAGUAGUGAUAACAGAUCUCCUGUGGAUAGUGUAGAAGACCAAUUGGGAAGCAAAUAUGAAGAUAACCACAAACCUAGUGUUAAAUCAUCAAGUGACCAUCAAAAUAACCAGGAAAAUGAAAGUAAGGGUAGUGGAGAGAAUUUCUCUCAAUCCGGUGAUACAGUGAAAGAUGAACUUGUGCCAUUAGAUUCAGUCUCCUCAGAUUUGAGUAUAGAGAUGCUGUCAGAGCCGGGUUCAAGUCAAUGGACUACUCAAUCUUCUGCACCCAUGACUGAACAUGAAGGUUUUGAUGAUAUCCACUUUGAAGGAGACGACAGUUAUGAUAAUACAGGUAGCAUAGGUGAAUUUUCUGGUGAGCCAGUUGCGAAGGAACCUCCGGACGGACAAUACAGCUCUUUUGCCGAAGACCCAAGCAGCCAUAAGCGAAGAAGAGUUGAGAAUAUGUGGGAGCCAGAUGAACCAUUAUGACCGGCUCAUCAAUCAUCAGCAUCAUAAUCAGCGAUGCUAUUUUACUUGCCAUGUGUCCUCAUUUAAGCUUUUCUUUUUAAUUUUUUUUAUUAUGGCCCAUUGCUUUGAGUGUUUGGUCUGUGUUAAGUCUGAUUUAAACCUUUUUCUUGUGAUAAAAAGUUAUCAGAAGUUGACUGAAUCAAUAAGUGCUUCUAUGCUUCAGGUUUGUUUUUUAAUGUCAUUGAAUGUUUGGACGUGGCAUAGGUACUUAAAAUUCUUGACUUCAAAUGUGACUGUUAUGUAGAUUUAGUUUGAUGGAUGCAGGACAUCCAACUCUCUUUACCUGUGGCUCUGACUAUUAUCUUCAUUAGGUUUGCUUUUAAAACAGCAUUCUAACCCCCACUAAUACAAAUGAAGAGUUUUAAGUUUUGUUAAGGCUGUGCAAGACUCAUUCCACUUUUAACAUACAACAAGCCUUUUUGUUGUUAUUUUGUACCUGCUAAGUAUCUGGAUUUCCUUCUCAGUAUUGACCUAACAAAGUGAUUAAAUUAAUGUCCCUAAUUUUAAAGAGCAGUAAUAAUGAACCGUAAAGUGCCUCAUUUCUAUAAAAGAAAAGAUUCAAAAAAAGAAGUCUUUGAUUUGUCAACAUUGAAAUUAUUCUUGUUAAAAAUGUGUUUUUAUUACCUGUUACAGUGCAAUACUGGAAUGCACUUUGUGACAGAUUGGUGAAAAAUGUCUCUUCACCAGUUUCAUGCAACAAAGACCUGCCUGAAGUGACUUCUAUAUGAUGACAGCUUGAAUCUCUACUUUCUCCUGACUUUGUCUGGAUAUUAAACAUGUCUAAAUUCACAGUUGAUUUACUUUAGUUUCCCAAACUGUAAAUAAGUAACUUUUGUAGUUAAUUAUAGUUAAAAUUAAAAAUUAACUUGAACCUCUGAUGUUUAGUAGGCCUUGUGUUGUACAUACAGCAUUAGGUCAACCAAUUCCUGUUGCAAAUUUUGAAAACAAUAUGAUUGCUUGGUUAGAUUGUUUUUCUUUAAUUGCAUUUAAGCACAGUUGUCUGCUUAAGAUCUCAAAUUGACUACUUGAAAUGGCCCAAUUGUGACACUCAUGUCCAUUUUGUACAAUGCAAAGUGAGAAUAAUCAUGUUCUCAACUGUAUAAAUACAAAUAAUAAAUCAUAAGGAUAAAAAAUAA